AUGGCGUGGCACAAGCAUGAUCACAUAAUGCUCUCCUCAGUCUCAUCGGAUAAAAAUAGACCUAAAAUUCCCGUUGCUACCGGCGGCGGCGGAGAUGCCUCCUCGGGUCAAAGGCGUCCUCUGCCCCUCUAUGGGCGGCUGGUGGCCGAAGAUGGUCUGGGAGCGCCGCCCAUGUCCAGCUCCUCGACCGACAUCCAGGCCAUGCAGGCCAGGAUACCGCCCUCUUUCAGGGACCCUGCUGCUGCCCCUCUCAGGAAACUCAGUGUAGACCUCAUCAAGACUUACAAGCACAUAAAUGAGGUAUACUACGCGAAAAAGAAACGACGAGCGGCCCAAGUACAAGGCGAAGACACCUCCCACAAGAAGGAGCGCAAGAUCUACAACGACGGCUACGACGACGACAACCACGACUACAUCGUGCGCAACGGCGAGAAGUUCCUCGAGCGCUACGAGAUCGACUCGUUGAUCGGGAAGGGCUCCUUCGGGCAGGUGGUGAAGGCCUUCGACCACGACAAGCAGUGCCACGUGGCCAUCAAGAUCAUCAAGAACAAGAAGCCGUUCCUCAAUCAGGCGCAGAUCGAGGUCAAGCUGUUGGAGAUGAUGAACAGGGCCGACGUCGAGAACAAGUAUUACAUAGUGAAAUUGAAAAGACACUUCAUGUGGCGCAAUCACCUCUGCCUGGUGUUUGAGCUGCUCAGCUACAACCUGUACGACCUGCUGCGCAACACCAACUUCCGCGGCGUCUCGCUGAAUCUCACCAGAAAGUUCGCUCAGCAGCUCAGCACGGCGUUGCUGUUCCUCUCGACGCCCGAGCUCAACAUCAUCCAUUGCGACCUCAAGCCGGAGAACAUCCUGCUGUGCAACCCGAAGCGGUCGGCCAUCAAGAUCGUCGAUUUCGGCAGUUCGUGCCAGCUGGGGCAGAGGAUAUACCAGUACAUCCAGUCCCGGUUCUACCGAUCGCCCGAGGUCCUCUUGGGCAUCCCCUACGACCUGGCCAUCGACAUGUGGUCGCUGGGGUGCAUCCUCGUCGAGAUGCACACCGGCGAACCGCUGUUCAGCGGCGCCAACGAGAUCGACCAGAUGAACAAGAUCGUCGAGGUGCUCGGCAUGCCGCCCAAACAUCUGCUCGACCAGGCGAACAAGACGCGGAAGUUCUACGAGAAGUUGCCGGGCGAUAGGAGGUUCGUGCUGAAGAAGACAAAGGACGGCAAAAAGUACAAGCCCCCUGGCGCGCGCCGCCUCCACGAUAUCCUCGGCGUCGAGUCGGGCGGGCCGGGGGGGCGGCGCGCCGGCGAACCCGGCCACUCCACCUCCGACUACCUCAAGUUCAAGGACCUCGUGCUGCGCAUGCUCGACUACGAUCCGAAGACGCGCAUCACGCCGUACUACGCGCUGCAGCACAACUUUUUCAAGCGGACGUCGGACGAGGGUACGAAUACGGGGGCGGGGUCGAGCACGUCGGGCAGCCAGCACGGUAUGAACCUGGUGGGCAGCAGAUCUCGUGACCUCUCCCUCGCGCCACGCCCACCGGCAGCGCUACCAAGGCGGUCCGCCCUCCCUGCCGUACGCCACCUACGCGGGCGGAGGCGGCAGUACUAAAGCGGAUGCGGCCACGCCCCCCAAAAAGCCGCCUUCGGACAGGGACGACAGCCCUAUGGUGGGGGUGUGCGUGCAGCAGAGCCCGAUGGUCAUCCACUGAACGCCUAA